GUCUGGUCCACCGCACACACAGAGGGCGUAGAUGCUGGAUACCAUCACUGCUCCUUCAAUGGCACGACUCGCUAUUACUUAUGUCUUGGUAACAAGGUCCAUGAGGUGCCAAGAAGCAUUCCGAAAAAUACCACAUUUGUCAGGCUAAUCUUGGAUUGUUUCUGUUGUGAACCAGCUGCCAGUCAGUUUGGAUAAAGUUGCCCGGCUGAAUGUGUCUGAAGAUGCCCACGUGCUGUAUCACCCUGCUGGGUUUCUCUGCUCUGAUCUUCUGCACAUCUGUCUACGCUUUAGAAUCAGUUAAGCUUCUUGUAUCGCUCCUUUUUAAAAGGAGCACGAAAAGUUUUGCAACUUGUGUGUCUUAGUUUGCCAGAUUUUUUCUCUGAGCAUAUCAGAAACUGACAGUGAAUUGUUCAGGCUCUGUGUGUUUUUUCUUUUUAUAAGAUCAGUAACUGCACAUGGCUGAAAGCUAAAGCGUGUAAUUUCUGCACCCAUUUGCGAUAAACACCUCCAGUCUGCCAUCGCUCAGAAACAGCAGCCCCAUUCUAAAUUGAUUUUACAGUAUAUGUGACCCUGGACAACAAAACCAGUCUUAUGGGUCAAUUUUUCUAAAUUGAGAAUCUUACAUAAUCUCAAAGCUGAAUAAAUAAGCUUUCUAUUGAUGUAUGAGUUGUUAAAAUAGGACAAUAUCUGGCUGAGAUACAAUCGUUUAAAACUCAGGAAUCUGAGUGUGCAAAAAAAUGAAAAUAUUAAGAAAAUUGCCAUUGAAGUUGUUAUUCAGGGGCACUGUGGCAGGCCAUCCACUCAAAAAAAUAAAGUUUUUCAAUAUUUAGGGUAGGAAAUUUACGAAAUAUCUUAAUGGAACAUGAUCUUUACUUGAUAUCCUAAUGAUUUUUGGCAUAAAAUAAUAAUACAUCAUUUUGACCCAUACAAUGUAUUUUUGUCUUUUACUAAAAAUGUUCCCGUGCUACUUAAGACUAGUUUUGUGAUCCAGGGUCAAUUAUAUUAAGAGACUGAGAAGCAAUGUUGAAAGCAACCCAAACCUUUAUGCAAAAAAUAUACAGCUGUUGUCUUUCUGAAACCUUGUAUCUCCAAAUUAAUAUUUUACAUUUUUUGCCAUAAAUCAUUAUUUUUAGUCACCCCCUAUGUUUGUCACUGUAUUUUGCAUAACUCAAACCAAUAAAAAGUAUUAAAAAGUGCUUGUAAACUGCACAGUAUUCAAUCAUCAAAAAGUGUUUUCCAUUUCCCGUAAAAUAGUGAAUUUGUAAAUAUUAAAUAUUAACUGUCAACAUAUUAAAGGGUUUAGUAUAUAUUUGAAAAUAUUUUGAAUAAUAUAUUGUAAAUAAAUUCCUAUAUACUGAAUAAAACAUUAAGAAUUAUAGCAGCUAUUUCAUGACAAAUAACUUCCCAAUUCCCAUAUAUUUUUGUUUCGCAUGGGCAGCUUUUUCAGCUUUUUCACACAUUGAGGUAAUUGUCUUACAAAAUCAUUUGUUGACAGUUGUUUCUGCAUAUUCAAAUUAUACAGUCAACUUAUUAUUAUUUCUUGUUUAUUUUUUUCUCAUAUUGCUCUGAAUUUCAAGUGAAAUCUGCAGUGGCCCAAAACAAUUUCUUACAUAUAAGGUACAAAAAACCCAAAUCCUUCAUUGAUUUCUAACAUGAAAGCAGUUCAGCAUGAUUCUUCUUAUUCAGUACACGCUAUACAGGGAAGAAAAGAGAUGAGAGGGAGAACGGUGGAAAAGAAGAUAGAUAGAAACCGAUAGAAGGGUUGGUGUGAGAGAAAAAUAAAUGAAAUGUAACUAAUCAAAAUAAUCAAAACCAUCCCAGUCAGACUGUGACGUACUUAAUAAAGACGUAGUCAAAAAAAACAGAUCUUCAUGUGUCUUCUAUUUCUGUAUCACUUGUAACAGUGCCCCAUUUAAUGUACUGUAUGUUUUAAAAGGUGAAUUAUGAUCAGCAUCCUUAGUGUGAAGGAGUAAAUUUGGUCUCUAAAAACUACAGAAAUGUACAUCCACAAAGAGACACACAGACAAUAAUAGAAGAGCGGAAUGAGAAAUGAACAUAAACAGCCUGUUAACAAGCAGCUGAAUGUAAAUGAUCUGAGUAACUGUGUUUCCAAUCUUUAUAACAAGACGCCACAUCGAAACAUUACUUUAAAUUGUGUCUCAUUCCUUACCUUCUAAAUUCAUGGCAUUAAGGAAAUGGAAACUGUGUGACAAUUCACAAAGAAUACAGGCAAGACACAUUAUUGAAUACAACCCAGUGUUAAUCUGCUUGGAUGCAGAACUAUUUGGAGAUCAUACUUAAAGAUUAAAAAUACCUGAUACGAUGACAAACAUUAAUAAAAAAUGCAUUUCACAGAUGCCUUAAUAAAAAGCAAUUUUUUUGUUUAUUCCAGGUAUAUAUUUUCACACUUUGUGUGUUGCCCGGGAAUCACACCUACAGUGUUGGCGUAGCAAGCGCCACACUCUACCAAAUGAGCUGUAAAACUCAGACCUGAGCUAAAUUUGAAACGGCUAUGCCAGCUUUUAUGUGUGCCGGUUUAUAACUUCCCAUUCAGCCCUGAAUAGGCUGUGAUAUUUAUAGUUGACAAAUGUGAUGGUGAAUCACAAUCUUUUCUGUCUAAUUUUGAGCAGGGAGAUCAAGCUGACUCAGAUCAGUGUGUUUCGACGGGCAGUCUUCACUGAACUACAUGAGCUGAAGAGAAUAGUGGUGUCAGAGAACGGCGUUGUUGAACGAAUUGAAGCCUUUGCCUUUUCUAAUCUCACAGAGCUACAGGAAAUAACUAUUACAAAAUCGAAAAAUCUUGUCAUUCACAAAGACGCCUUCUGGAGACUCCCAAAGCUACGGUAUCUGACUAUAUCAAACACUGGUCUUAAAAUCCUUCCUGAUUUCUCCAAAAUCAACUCCGCCGCUCCUGAAUUUCUGUUUGAUCUACAAGAUAACAUGCACAUAGAGAGGAUCCCCAGUAACGCCUUCCUAGGACUGACCAAUGCAACCAUUACCGAACUGAGAUUAACAAAGAACGGGAUACGCGAGAUAGACGGUUAUGCAUUCAAUGGUACCAAAAUUGAAAAACUCUUUCUCAUGGGAAACCAGCAGCUGAGUCGUAUCCACAGUUACGCCUUUAUUGGAGCUGAAGGCCCCAUCGUUUUAGAUAUCUCACGUACAUCCAUCCACACUCUCCCAGAGAGCAUGCUGAGGUCCCUCAAGCUCCUGACCGCCAUCUCUGUCUACUCUCUGAGGAGGCUUCCCAGCCUGGAGCUGUUCUCUGAGCUGACGCAGGCCAACCUGACCUACCCCAGCCACUGCUGUGCCUUCAAAAACUUUAAGAAGCACAAGUCUGUAAAAAAUCAAAUGUGUGAUGACCCCGGUGCUCUCCGACUGGAACCUUAUUUUUAUGAAGACUACUGUAAAGACGUAAUAGAGGUCACCUGUUACCCUAAACCAGAUGCCUUCAACCCUUGCGAGGACAUCAUGGGCUUCACCUUCCUACGUGUUCUUAUCUGGUUCAUCAGCGUGCUGGCCAUCGUGGGCAACUGUGUCGUUCUCCUGGUUCUCCUCACAAGCCGCUACAAACUGACCGUUCCCAGAUUUCUAAUGUGCCACUUGGCUUUCGCAGACCUCUGCAUGGGGGUCUACCUGUUGCUGAUCGCUGCCGUGGACAUUCACACGCAGUCCCGUUACUAUAACUAUGGUAUCGACUGGCAGACGGGAGCAGGGUGCCACGUGGCGGGAUUCUUCACGGUGUUCUCCAGUCAGCUGUCUGUUUACACGCUGACAGCCAUCACACUGGAGCGCUGGCACACCAUCACUUACGCCAUGCAGCUGGAACGCCAACUGCACCUUGGCCACGCCUGCGCAAUAAUGGCAGCGGGCUGGCUUUUUGCAUUGCUGACCGCUCUGAUGCCCAUGUUGGGAGUGAGCAGCUACAGGAAGACCAGCAUCUGCCUGCCCAUGGACGUGGAGACGGGUCUCUCCCAAGGUUUCGUGAUUCUGUUGUUGCUGCUCAACGUUGCUGCUUUUCUUGUCGUGUGCAUCUGUUACCUUCGCAUUUACUUUACCGUCCGCAACCCAGCCUUCGUCCCGGCCAACGCAGACAUGCGCAUUGCCAAGCGCAUGGCCGUGCUCAUUUUCACAGACUUUUUGUGCAUGGCGCCCAUCUCAUUUUUCGCCAUUUCUGCUGCCUUAAAACUACCACUCAUCACCGUCUCUCAUGCCAAAGUCUUACUGGUGCUGUUUUACCCCAUAAACUCCUGCUCCAAUCCGUUUCUCUAUGCGUUCUUCACCAAAACAUUCAAGAAGGAUUUCUUCAUUCUCACCAGCAGGUUUGGCUGCUUUAAGACUCGUGCCCACAUUUACCGCACUGAGAUCUCGUCGGGUCAAAACGGAGCAGCGGCGCCUUCGCCAAAGACCAGUGACGGAGCGCUUUAUUCCCUGGUGCACAUCGCUCAAGUGCACUAACCACCAGUUUUGUCUGGCAUAAGUCAGGUGUGGCCAGUUGAUGAUAUGCUGCUUGGACCAAGUGAGGAAAAAUAAGGAACAUAGUAAAUCCUACUCUGUACACAGUUUGGUUGAAAAUUUCUGCUGGGUGAAAAAGUGCAAAGGCAUUUCGGCCCAAUGUAAAUGAUGUUGUGAUAUUACUUUGCCUGACUUUUAACAGAUUCAGAUCUCAGAUGUACAAUACUUACACCAUUCAAAAGAUGCUGCUUGAUUGAUCUUUGACUGGGCAUUUAUGCAUUCGUGUAGAAAAUAUAUGAAUAAUUGUGUAUAUCUGCAAAUAUCUGCAAAAACAAGCAUGUACCAUUAUGUGUUGUGAAAUGAUUUCAUUCUGUCAGUAUAGAACCCUUUGCAAGAAACACCGGUCCAGAAGCGCUGCACAUUGUUAUAAAUCUACCUUUUAUAUAAAUAAUAAUAAUAUAACAUUUUGAUUCCGUUAUGAAUGUUCUGUUGGUUAUAUUAUGUUCAAUACUGAAACGGGAAGUUCUUCUGGACCAGCGUUUUCUGAAAUGGUCUAUAUUGUGCCCUAUUUUAACAGAUUUUUUUAUGUAUAGCUGCCUUCUAAAGAAUAGAAUAGCGGAAAAGUUUUGUAGUAAAUUUAUGUCUUUAAAUAAAAACAGACAACAUUUAAUAAAUCACUUCAAGUAAUGUUUUUAAAUGA